AGUUUAUUAACUAUUUUAUAAAGGUAAGGAGUAAAGGAAAAGACCCCAUGCACUAUGUCUGGUGAAGUUUUUAGCACAACUUUGGCAUAUACAAAGAGUCCAAAAGUCACCAAAAGAACCACUUUCCAGGAUGAGCUAAUAAAAGCAAUUACAGCUCGCUCAGCCAGACAAAGGAGUUCUGAAUACUCAGAUGACUUUGACAGUGAUGAAAUUGUUUCCUUAGGCGAUUUUUCUGACACCUCCAUAGAUGAAAAUUCACUCAAGAAAACAAUAAAUGAUUUUCAUAUAUCAGAUGAUGAAGAAAAGAAUUCUCCCAAACUGUCUUUUUUGAAAACCAAGAAACCAAACAGUGACGUGAUGAUAGAGGAGCCAGCCAGCUCCAUCAAGAACCACGAGGGAGCGGCGCCGGGCGGUGGGGAAGACAGGGCUGUGACUCCCUUACCUCAAUGUCCUGAUGAACACCAGGCAACUGAAAAGGAGAAAAUUGAAAUGAAGCCUAGACCUAGACUUCUUCCAGUCAAAACCACCUCUUCAGGAAACAGUAGCAGCCUUGAAGCAGAAAACCACUUUACACCCUCACCUCGACCUCGGAGCCUGUUGAAAAGGCACAGCCUCAGGGAGGACAAAGGUGGGCCAGGAGAAGAGAAAGAAACCGCCCUCUGUGACCAACGAGAGACACAUUCUGCAUCUUCGUCCCUCCUGGGGCCAAAUGACAGACAGCGAGAAGCUGAGAAAAAAGCGUCCUCUGAAGACCUUGAUCCUGAGGAUCCAUGGUUAACAAGUUUAUCAUCAUCAUCCCUUAAAGAAAAUCUUGAAGAUUCCUUUUCACCAGGAUCUGAGGAAAAAACAUCUAUAAAAGAUCAGAAUGAAGAAUUCACUGAAAGCCAUCCUUCCUUGAAAUCAGCCAAAAAUGAAGAUAAUUCAUUUUUGAUAGAUUUUGUUACUACUGCACUUGAGAAAACCAAGGAAGGGCAAGUGGCUACUGAUGACCUUGAAGAGAAAAAGGAGAAACCUGAACUGAUUAUGAAUGAUGACUUAACAGUUGAUCCACCACUAUCUCAGCAUAACUUAAGAUCUAUCAAGGCAACUGAAUCUGCAGAGAAAACAAUCGAAGAUAGAAAUAUGAAGAAUAAAAAGUCCACAAAUAAUAGAGCAUCCAGUGCCUCGGGCAGAUUAAUGACCUCUGAAUUUUUGAAGAAUUCUAAUUCUGUAAGGAGAACUCCGUCGAAAACUACCUCUUCUCACUAUUUAGGGACUUUGAAAGUCUUGGACCAGAAGCCCUUACAGAAACAGAACAUAGAACCUGACAGAGCCGAUAACAUAAGGGCAGCUGUUUAUCAGGAGUGGUUAGAAAAGAAAAAAAUAUAUAUAAAUGAAAAGCACAGAAUUAAAAGGAUCGAAAGUGAAAACUUAAGGAUCCAAAAUGAACAGAAAAGAGCUGCUAAGAGAGAAGAAGCCUUAGCAUCGUUUGAGGCCUGGAAGGCUAUGAAGGAAAAAGAAGCUAAGAAAAUAGCUGCAAGAAAAAGGCUCGAAGACAAAAACAAGAAGAAAACCGAAGAAGAAAAUGCCGCGAGGAAAGAAGAAGCACAACAAGCUUUUGAAAGAUGGAAAGAAAAAAAGAUGGAAUAUCUUAGAGAGAAAAAUAAAAAGGAGAAAGAAUAUGAAAGAGCCAAGAAACAGAAGGAGGAGGAAGCUAUUGCUGAGAAGAGGAGGGACAACCUAACCGCUGUGGAGAAGUGGAAUGAGAAAAAGGAAGCUCUUUUCAAAGAAAAGGGAAAAGAGAAAAUCAGUGAGAAAAGAAAAGAAGAACUGAAAAAAGCUGAGAAAAAGGAUAAAGAUAAACAAGCUAUUGAUGAAUAUGAAAAGUGGCUGGAAAAGAAAGAAAGGCAGGAAAGAAUUGAACGGAAAGGAAAGAAACGUCAUUCCUUUCUUGAAAAUGAGGCCCUUCCUCCAUGGAGCCCUCCAAGCAGAGCUGUGUUCUCUCAAGUGUUUUGA